GGCAUGAAGUUUUUCCUCCAAUAUGUGGGCUUCUUUUUUGCUUUUUUCUCUGCUGCGUUUUUGAUAAUAUCUACCUGGACAGACUGCUGGAUGGUGAAUGCUGAUGACUCUCUGGAGGUGAGUACAAAAUGCCGUGGCCUGUGGUGGGAAUGUGUCACAAACGUUUUUGAUGGGAUCCAAACUUGUGAUGAGUACGACUCCAUCUACGCCGAGCAUUCCGUGAAACUGGUGCUGACCCGAGCCAUGAUGAUAACAGCAGACCUCCUGUCAGGAUUUGGAUUUCUCUUCCUGGUCCUGGGACUGGAUUGUGUGAAAUUCCUUCCCGAUGAGCCGCUCAUCAAGCUGCGCAUCUGCCUGGUGUCUGGGGUUAUGUUGCUCCUUGCAGGUCUCCCUGGCAUCACGGGCUCCGUGUGGUACGCCGUGGAUGUCUACGUGGAGCGCUCCUCUCUGCUCUUCCACAACGUGUUCCUGGGCAUCCAGUACAAGUUUGGUUGGUCCUGCUGGCUUGGCAUGGCGGGGUCACUCGGCUGCUUCUUGUCUGGGUCCCUGCUCACCUGCUGCAUGUAUCUCUUCAGAGAGACCAGUUCUGGAAGAUUCCAUUCUGCCUACUCCUUGAGGAAAGGCUAUUCCUCAGCUGCGACCGUCGUAACAAACGUGCAUUUGCCAUCCUCACAAACAGCCACCUCCAAAAUGUAUGCGGUGGACACAAGGGUGUGA